AGUUCAAAAAGUUCACACAGUUUUACAGCCAGGUUACUGGUGGUUUUAUAUUAUUCUCCCCUUUUCUGAAAAAAAAACAAAAGAAGUUUGUUUUUAUUUAACACAUUAAAGGGAGAAAUAAAUGAUUUAUCUUGAUUUAAUUUUUAUGCUUUGAGGAACCAGACAAAAAUGACAAACAAACAACAACAACAAAAAAAGUACACCAUUUUUCUACUGCAAUGAGACGAAGGAUGGAUUAUGCCUUAAUAUCAAUAAGGUGCUGCAGGCGGAGCUGAUGAAGGACCGUAAGUCACGUGGGCUGCAUCUCCUGGCAACUGCAAACUAAGCGUCGCUAUGACGACGUGAGCUGUAUCCAAGCAAGCAGUUAUUAGUUUUCUGCCGACUUUUAAUAUCACCGAAUUAUGUCUUUACCGAAGUUACCUGGAUUUUCAUUCAACAGAAAUCUGGGAAAAGAAAAGUUUCACAAGUCUCAGCAUUUUGAUUACUUUAAUGGUGUACAAAUGAUGGUGGGAGCAGAGAAACCUGGGAUUGGAGGAGAACUGCUCUUGGGCCAAAGUGCGCAACCUAAAUACUCAGUAUUUCCGAGAGGAGAGGGCAGUGAGGCACCUUCCUGGGUAGCAUUUGACAAGCAGGUUCUUUGUUUCAAUGCAUAUUUCCAAGAAGUUGUUCCUCAGAGCAGAGAGGAAAGUUACAGGAUUCGAAAAUGUAAGAUUUAUUUCUACUUGGAAGACGACACCAUACAGGUUGUGGAGCCGGAGCAAAAAAAUAGUGGCAUUCCACAAGGAACAUUUAUUCACCGCCAUCGCAUUCCUCUCCCAGCUCCUAAGGAUGACAAAUUUUACAAUUUGCACCACUUUAAUAUCAACCAGGAGAUGGUUUUCUACUCCAGGACCUUUAUUAUAACAGAUUGUGACCCUUUCACAAACAACUUCCUGAGGAAAAUGGGUGUGCGUCUCAAUGCCCCUUGUGCAACACCAUCAGACCCCUACACAAAACUCCGUCAGGAGCUGGAGGACAGCAUGAAGCCACUGCGCCCGUAUGAGAGGCAGGAUACCUUAAAGCAGUUCCUUGACCAUGACCGCAAUGUUCUGCGUUUUUAUUGCUACUGGGAUGAUACCCAAAGUGUCUUUGGAGACCAAAGAGAACUGAUCCUGCACUACUUCUUGGCAGAUGACACCAUAGAAAUACUAGAAGUCAGAUAUGCAAACUCUGGCCGAGAUACCACUCCUAAUUUUUUACACAGGAGCAAGCUUCCCAAGCAUGCUUCUACUCCCAAACGCCUGCCUGGAGAAAUAACAGACCGUACUGUCCUUAAUACAUUAGGGCCAGUGGGACAUGGGGGUCGCUACAUUUUGGACAGCCGCAAAACUGGUGCUGUAUAUGAGGAGUUCUACAAAGAUUGUGACCUGACCAUAGGAGAGGUCAUUAACGUCUGGGGCCGCAAAGUGAGGAUUUGUGACUGUGACAACUUCACCAAAGAGUACUAUCGUUCCAAAUAUGGCAUCGAGGACUUCACUCCGAUAGAAUAUAAGUUCCCACCACCAGCUAAAGCAGUUGUCCAGUUCCCUCCUUACACUGGCUUUGGAUCGGAGGAGGAUUCCCUUCGCUCCUGCCAAAGGCUGAUGCCCAAACCCCCUCAGAAAGACUUCAGAAAGCUAAUGGAAAAAGACAGACAGGGACUGGUGAGCCACAUACUAAGAUUUGUGGGCAAGAUGCUGACAGACAACCCUACUGACAAGGACCGCACAUUCAUCAUCUGCUUCUACCUAAGCGAUGACACUAUAGUAGUGUUUGAACCCACUCAGAGGAACUCAGGAAUUAUUGGGGGUAAAUUCCUCCAGAGAAGCCGUGUGAAGAAGCCAGGACAGGAGCUCUUUAAGAGUGAGAUGUCCGAGUACUACAAAGCUCAGGACUUGUAUGUGGGAGCCAGACUCAGUAUAAACAACCAGCUUUUCCAAUUAGUGAAUGCUGAUGAGUAUGCUUUCAACUACAUGGAACAGCAUGCAGAAGAGUUCCCCAUGGCCAACAUUGGCACGAUUUUGAGCAAGUUAAAGUCAAUUCCUGAAGAAAAGCAAAAGGAAAUCAAACAGUUCCUGGCAUUAAGUGACUCUGGCAACACUGGCUUCAUUCCUUAUGAGUCUUUCAGGUCUCUGUUGGCAGAUAUGGACGGUCAGCUGUCAGAGCAUGAGAUCAUGAUGUUAGGCCGUACCUACUCGGUGAGAGAGCAGUCUGAGCUGGAUGUAGGCCUCUUGCUGGCCAUCACUCAGGAUCACCUGAGGAAGAAACAGUUUGAGAGUUUCGCCGACAUGCUGCGAGCUUUCACACACGAGGACAGAGACAGAAGUGGGCAUCUUUCCACCAAAGAGGCUUGGACCAUCUGUAAAUCCUUCCGCUUGCCAUUGGAUGAUGACCUUCUGAGAGCCCUUCUGCUCAAAUUUGAGAAUGAGUCGGAGAAGAUAGACUAUCAUAGUUUCCUGUCAGGGAUCAACUGGAAAGAGAAUGCCUCCAUACCACUUCCACCAGAUGCUGUCAUGAAACCAUUUUCUCUUAUGCUGCCACAGCCUACUCUUGAAGGCCACACACUAGUGGAAUACUCUGCCUUUAUCAAGGAGCUUUUUGGAUACACAGAAGAGGAGUGAUGUCAUCUUCAGCAUCUUCACUUCAUUGUUGCAGUGCAUUAAUGGAUAGAAACUCAGUGCAUUUUAUAAAACUUCAGUUUAAUUGCCAUUCUGUAUGCUGGCCAGGCUUAGCUUGCCAGUUCUGCAAUCUGUAAUUUCUUCUUAGUGUUAGGGAAUCAUAGAUGAAGGUUUACUGCUGAUGCUUUAGGCAUCAUUCAGCUCCUUCAGGAGUUUCCAAUUUUGUGAACACAGAACUGAACUAAAUCAAGAAAAAUCCACAAACAUUCAGUGGGGCUUGCAAUUUUUAAAAAUUGCCACAGCUUUCCACACUUUUUGCAUUGCGCCAAAGCCAUUUUAAAUUCAUGAGCAUUAAAUACGAGUUAAGCUGUCAUAGAAAAUAACUACAUAUGUGUCAUUACUGGUCACCAAAAUUAAAAAAAAAAAAAAGAAUUUUUGGCUUAAUAAUCACAUAAAAAUUCCUAGAGGGAGUGAUUAUCAAGAAUCCUCACAUACCAACACCCAUUAUGGCCAAUAACAACCUGUUAAAACAUGUAUUAAUGAAAAUAUAAGAAUGUUAUGUCAACACUAGGCUGUCCAUUUACACUAU